CAGGUAUUCAUCGAAUUUUAUUGUUCAUUAGGAAAAUAAACUAAAUUAGAGAGGAUGAAAAGAAUGACAAACAAAGGAAUAGUUUAUUUUUCCAAGUUUCCAGUCACUUCUCAAGUGUUUUAUAGAUCAAAUUACUCUUUUGCUUUGGUUAACUUGAAGCCAAUAGUUCCUGGCCAUGUUUUAGUUUGUCCAUUAAGAGUGGUUGCAAGAUUAAAAGAGUUGACUAGUGAAGAAUCCGUUGAUUUCAUAUUAACUGUCCAAAAAAUUCACGAAUUCAUUGAAAAGAUGUAUAAAGCUGAUGCGUUGAAUAUAUCAAUUCAAGAUGGUCCUUCUGCUGGUCAAAGCGUUCCUCAUUUACAUGCCCAUAUAAUUCCUAGAUAUAAAAAAGACGAAUAUGGUGAUGGAAUUUAUGAUAAAUUAGACCAGUUUAAUUUCGAAUUAUCUGAUAUACUAAUUGAACACCAAAAAAUAAAAAUAGCAAAAGAAAAAAAUUAUGAUCCAAACGAAUAUAAAAGAAAACAAAUGGUAGUGUCCCCAGAUAUCGAAAGGAAACCAAGAUCAAUGGAAGUAAUGGAAAAUGAAGCCAAAUGGUUAGAAAACGAAUUGAGGAAAUUCAAACUGGUUCAGGUAAACUUAUAAAUUAAUAAAUUAAAUAUACCACUUAAAUAUCAUAGUAUUUAGAAUAUAAAUAUAGAAUUUAAUUAAUUAACAAAAAUUAACAAAAAUUAAAAAUAAUCAAAUAUAUACUAUAAAUUUCCAAGUC